CCUCGUGUCGCAGAGGAUCUACGUCACUCUAUAAACCUCCUGUUAGCGCGCGCUGUCUCACUUCCAACAUGUUGCGGCUCCGGAGCUGCUGCAGGAGAUCCGCUGAGGUCCUCCUCCCACCUGCUGCUGCUCAGCAACGGAAGCGUCUCUCAACUGGUCCCCAACAGAAACACAGAUCCUUUUAUGAGUUCCGCACCUACAGCAUCCGCCCAGACCAGAAUGCUGCCUUCCUCAAACUGACCAAUGAGAAGAUCCACCUGCGCACCGCCCACUCUGAGCUGAUUGGCUACUGGAGCGUCGAGUACGGUGGCCUGAAUAAGGUCUUCCAUAUAUGGAAGUAUGACAGUUAUUCUCAGCGGGCAGGUGUCCGGGCAGCUCUGUCUCAGGACCCCUCCUGGAUCUCGGAGUACAUCUCGAAGGCAAUACCGAUGCUGGUGUCUCAGGACAACGAGGUGAACUACCUGGUUCCCUGGAGUCACCUGCACGAGCCCCCAAAGGAAGGCGGUGUGUAUGAGCUGGCGUCCUUCCAGAUGCGCCCUGGUGGUCCAGCGGUUUGGGGAGACCGCUUCCAGGCUGCUGUCACCUCCCAUGAUGCACCUGGGUAUGGCAAGCUUGUGGGAGCUUUCCACAGCGAGUGUGGGCUGCUGAACAAAGUUCACGCACUUUGGUGGUUCGAGAGCGCCGAUCAGCGAGCUGAAGUUCGACACAAAUCUCACACUGACGCCCGAGUAGUAGCUGCAGUCCGAAACUGUGUCGCCCAUCUGGACUCUCAGGAGAAUAAGCUCAUGUUUCCUUGUUCCUUCUCCCCACUGAAGUAACGUCAGGUCGAUCACUUCCUGUCCUCACGCCUGUGUCUCCAACACUGUCUAUAAAACUACCCCUUCAAGACCUGAACCUCUAGGAUCCAGUUAGGCGUUACAAUAUGGUUUAAAUGUGAUGAACGUGAUUAAAAACAUUAAAUCAGAUGGAGUAGCGAGCGGCAGCGUCCGAUCCUGUGGCUGGAAUGUAUCGUGUGUGUGUGUGUCUGUAUUUCACAUGAGACUGACAGGAUUUAACAUCUGAAUAAAAUAGAGAAACAAA